GGCGCCCCCCCCCCCCCCCCCACCUCCCGCGGCCGUUUUCCCCCGCCCCGCCAUGCCGGGCUUCACCUGCUGCGUGCCGGGCUGCUACAACAACUCGCACCGCGACAAGGCGCUGCACUUCUACACCUUCCCCAAGGACGAGGAGCUGCGGCGCCUCUGGCUGAAGAACGUCUCCCGGGCGGGCGUCAGCGGCUGCUUCAGCACCUUCCAGCCCACCACGGGCCACCGCGUCUGCAGCGAGCACUUCCAGGGCGGCCGCAAGUCCUACCUAGUGCGGGUCCCCACCAUCUUUCCGCUGCGCGGCGUCAACGAGCGCAAGGCGCAGCGGGCCGCCCGCCGCCCCCGCCCCGCCGCCGCCGCUGCCGCCGCGCAGGGCCCCGCUGCUGCCGCUGCCGUCGCGGUCCCGGCAGGGGGCGCGGCCGAGGACGUGAAGCCUAUCGACCUGACGGUGCAGGUGGAGCUCGGGCCCGGGGCCACCGUGGGGCCCGGCCCCGGGAGGCUACCGGCGGCAGGGGAGGAGGGCCCGUUGGAGGGCGGUCCCCCGGACCACUCAUACUCGCUGUCGUCGGGCACCACGUCUGAGGAGCUGCUGAGGAAGUUGAACGAGCAGCGCGACAUCAUCGCGCUGCUGGAGGUGAAGAUGAAGGAGAUGAAGGGCAGCAUCCGCCGCCUGCGCCUAGCCGAGGCCCAGCUCCGUGAGGAGAUCCGCGAGAAGGAUCGGCUGCUCCACGCCGCCAGCGCCGGAACCCGCAAGCGCCACGGCCUCUGAGGCUGCCGGCCCCCGGCGCGGGGCUCUGCACUUCGGAGCCUCCGCCGCCCUCGGGGAGGUGCCCUGGCAGAGCGGGGACGGCGCAGGCUGCGGCCCCCAUCCCAGCCCUCUCUGCCUGGUUCCUCCUGUCUCCACCGAAGCAUACCCGCGCCAUAGGGAUCUUCCUUCCUAGACGGGGCGGCCGCUGUCGCCUCAGUGCCAAGCCCCGUUACCGUUCUCCCCAAGCUUAGCACUGCGGGCGCCUGCCGGCGUCCCGCCUACAGCGGACCCAUCAGCACCCUCCGUGCCGACAGUGGCAGAAACCGCUUCUCGUAGUGCGGAUGGGAUCCGUGUCACCACCAAGUGGAAGUAGGGUGUCGGUUUUCAGCAAAUAAACUCGCCCGUGGUAAGUGAGGUAGCAGCAACACUACCCUGGAGAAGGCGCAGCUGGAAGCGUGGUUGGCACCGAGCCCUUCAUAGAAUGAACAAGGAUGUCGUGUUUGGCCUUGCAUAGCAGAGGCAUGAGGAAAGCUUUAUAAACCCUCUCAGGGUGAUGUGUUUCUUCAGUAAAUUACUGAUGCCAUAAAAGACUGCUGUUUCUAGAGUGACAGGAUCCCUAGGUUAAAGAGUGCUUGUCGUAUGUAGUUUCUGCUUACUCUGCAGUGCACAUGUAUUUGUUACAGAUGUCUCAACACUGAGUAAGGAUUACAGUCUGGUACAGAGUCCAGUGGCAUUUGACAGCUGUAGUUUUAUCUCAUCAGCUUAAGAACUCCUCAUGAAACGGAGGCUUUGUAACACGCUGGGAUUGAAAUCCUUGGCUUUCGUUCAGGAUGGAACAGACGCAAAGCGAGUUUAUCUGCAGUGGUUGCAAACCCUUGCUAUCUAAUCCUAAACUAGUCAGCAUGACUAAUAAUCUGUACAUUAGGCAAGACCUUACUGAAACAUGCUUGUGUAUUCUAAACUGAGAUUUAUAACUAUUAUAACAAACCAUGUGAAAUGAUUGUGUAGUUUCUGGUUUUAGCCAGCGUUAGUCACUUUCAGCAACAGGAAACCAAAUCAGCGUUGGCUAGUUAGAGGGUGGCAUGAGGGCAGCAAGGCCACUCUUUGGGCUUGAAUACACACUGCUGGUUAGCCGGUGGAACAGGUACCUCAGCACUUCAGAGUAGGAAGAGGGGUUAUCUGAUGCACCUCUGUAGCUCAGUGGCAGUGUGUAUGUAAGGGGGUAUGGCUUUACUAGCAGUGGGUGUUGAGAACAAGUGCAGUUCACCACAGUGUGCUCAUAAUUGCGCUAGAGGGAGGAACACCCAGGGGCCCCCCACCCUAUGAGAUCUUUCUCCCAUGACCAGAGCACAUUACACUUGCGAGGUCAGGAUGCCAGUUUUGCGAAAUUUUCUGGAAGUAUUUUCUAAAUGUAAGAAGUUAUGUUUAGUUUGAAAAUAUUGUAAGCUUUGUAACCCUGGCUAACAUAGCUUUACAACUGUGGGUUUUCUGACUGAAGAAAACGGCACAGUGGGAUUUGGUCUGGUGAUGGUGCAGCCCAGUCAGCUACAGGCGGCAGCUGUCACAGCCUGCUAUGUGAUGCAUGGCUCUUUUUUCUAUUAAUGUGUACCAAGUUGGAUGGUUGACUGUAAGGAUACUACACAUCUCUUUAUGUGCUGUUUGCCAUUAUUUCAUUUUAAUUUAUUUUUUCUGAUCUGAUACGUAGCUCUUAACUUCAGCUCCCUGAUAUCCUGAUUUUCCUGUGAGUCAAGUAAAGCAGCAAGGUUUUGGAUUAAUUGGUUGGUUUGUUUUGGUUGGUUUUGUGUGGAAAGAAGGUACCUGAUACACCAUCUGAUUUCACAUAUGUAAUUAGUCCAGCAGAUCUAUGUGCUUCCAUCAGGACAGCAGGCAGCACAACCUCUCUCCUCGCAAAUGAGACUGGUUGUAUGUCCUAGCUUCUUGAGAAUGUGUGUGGCACAACACUCGUGGUACUUUUUCUACCAUUGGAAUGCACUUCAGGACGUUCAGCCCUUCAGCCCUGCUGGACUGGUUAACUGCCGGACUCUUGGACUUCUCCAGGUUACACUGAGGUGCUAACAUGCUUAAUUUUAAUAAAAUAUAUUUUGUUUU